AUGAGUUCUGCAAAUUGCACAAAUCCUCCGGCGACCACGCCGUCAAACGCCGGCAUUGCGGGCCUCGGUGUCAUCCUCGGAUUCAUCAUCCCCGCCGUGCUCGCCGUCGCCCUUUCCCUUUCGCUGAUCCUCCAGGAGUCUUUCCUCAACACACACAAGCCCGCCCUGGGCGUGAUCCGCCGGAAGCUGCUCUAUGGCUUCUCUGACCAGCAGAUCCUCUACGGCAUCGGCAUCCAGGCCGUCGGCCUCGCCCAGAUCAACACCCUGGUGCCGUACCAUUUCUUCAUCAUCUGGAUGCUGUCCCUUCUGUCAAUGGGUGUCCACAACCUGACCCUCCUCGUCCUCGUCGCCUCUUUCCGCUCCGACACGGUCCUCCGUUGGCUGCGACAGGUCCUGAUGCUGGUCAACCUCGUGCUGAGCUGCGUGUACGGCAUCUUCAUGCUGCAGGUGGUGCAGAAGGACCUUGAGACCACCACCCUCCCAACCACCUGCGCGUGGCAGGUCGAGGGAAACAAGGCUACCAACGCUGGGCUGUCGUACGUAGGGACCAUCGCCGUCAUCGCUGGUAACUGCCUCGUCUUCCUCGCCGCCACCUGGUACCUCCAUGACAGAAGGCAGCGCGCCUUCAAGUGGGUGCAGCUGGCGGGCUGGGCGGCGAUGACUGCCAUUGCUGUGGGAGCCACAGUCCGUGUCAUCUAUACGUCGCAGGCAUUCGGGCAGCCCACCACACCAUUGUCAGACACGGGUGAGAAACAGUGGAGUUUUGCUACGAUGGUCAGUCUGUUGAUGCUAGCGCUACCGAUGAUGACGGUGUUGGAAAUAUACCGUGGAGAGGUCCACGUCAACAAGGACGGCUUGGAGAAGGCAUAA